GAGAAGGGGGGGCUAGCUCAGCCGAAAUGUAUUCAUUUUGACCCUUUCUGAGGCACACCGGGCUGUGAAAAUGACAGCCGCUCCUGUUUUUGAGCGAUAGAAGUCGCUGAAUGACGGGAAUGUCUGAGGAGGUGGUCCGCCAGACACGCAGCCAGAAGAGGGCGCUGGAGAGGGAGGCUGCUCCACAAUCUGUCGAACUUUCCAACGCUGACAAUGACAGCAAAAAACCUAAGUUGGACCCAUCUGAACCUCCGACAGGGGAACAAACUGAAUCUAAGCUGGACUUUUUACCGGCGCAGGACAUUGAGAACCGGACUACACCUGGUUCAGAUCACCAGGAACAGGAGCCAGAACAGAACGCGUUGCCGUUAUCUUUAAUGUUACCCUUGGCUUCACAGCCGAUGAAAGGAGAUCAGGAUCGGACACAGAAACGGCAGACUGAUGAGCCCAGCUCAGACAAUCGAACUGACUGCAAUGACAGAGCCAGCAAGGCAAGGAUGGAGUCAUCUAUGGACACACGGAGCCGGGUCCAGCAAAUGGAGCCAAAGGUGUCGAGUGGCAUCCUGGCUGCAGGCGAGGUGAAGGCCACUAUUAAGGUAGAAGUUCAGACGGAGCAACCAGUGGACAUGAGCACCACCAGAGGCAGUAUAAAAAAGGAGAAGCGCCCUCCAUCCCCUGAAGAUGAUGAUGACGUCAUCAUCCUGUCUGAUAAUGACUCCCCCAGCCCUCCGAUGAACGGCCUGAGCCACUUUAAAGAGCUGGACACAGACCUGCUAAUGAAGAGCAGUCCAGUGGAAAGAGAGCGUAUCAUUAAGCAGCUGAAGGAGGAGCUGAGAUUGGAGGAAGCCAAGCUGGUGCUGCUGAAGAAACUUCGACAAAGCCAAAUACAGAGGGACAACCUGCAGAAGCCCUCAGGUUUAUCCAGUUCCUCUGCACCGCCUCCUCUUAUUCGAGGAACAAUUUCAAGCAAUAAAGGCUCUCCGCAGAUUCUGACAGGAAGAAGUUCAGGCACGGUCAUUCCUCCACCUUUGGUUAGAGGAGGCCAGCAGGUGUCGUCUAAGCAUGGCUCCCAGAUCAUUAUGCCACCUCUGGUUAGGGGGGCCCAGCCCAUCUCUGUGUCUCCACAGCAGAUCCAGGCCCUCCGCCAACAGCAGCAGCAGCAGCAGUUGGCUGCCACUGGGGGUUCAGGAUCAGGACCACCUCCUCUGCUGUUGGGCCCCAGGACCUCAGCCCCUGCAGCCCAGAGCCAGAGAGGGAUGGUCCAGUCAGGCCUCAUCAGAGUCGGCAGUAGUGCAAACGCGCUGGCCUCACAAAGUGGUUUGAAGGGCUCCUCCUCAGGAAGCAGCGUGUCUGUGGUUAGCGUUAAUGACUCUCCAGCCAGCCGCCAAGCAGCAGCUAAACUCGCCCUGCGGAAACAACUUGAGAAGACCCUCCUGGAGAUCCCUCCACCCAAGCCACCUGCCCCAGAGUUCAACUUUCUGCCCUCAGCAGCUAAUAACGAGUUCAUCUACCUGGUGGGGCUGGAGGAGGUGGUCCAGAAUCUGCUUGAUACCAUCCAUAGAGGAAAGACAGGUGUACCACUGUCAAAAACCUUCAUCAGAGACCCUUUCAUCUGCACCCAAUGCAAUACUGACUUCACCUGUCGUUGGAGGCAGGACAAGGCUAAAGGCGGGACAGUGCUCUGUGAAGACUGCAUGUCGUCCAAUCAGAAAAAGGCUUUAAAAGCUGAGCAUACCAAUAGGCUGAAAGCGGCAUUUGUCAAAGCACUGCAGCAGGAGCAAGAAAUAGAGCAGCGUAUUAUUCAGCAGUCAUCCUCAUCAGUUACUCACAAUACCUCGUCAUCCUCUUCAUCUGCUGCUUCGUCACUGAAGGCAGAGCAGCUGGUAUCUCAGCAGCUAAAGCAGGCCAGAGUGCCGUCCCUUCAGCACCACCACCAGGCCAGCCGAGGAGCCAACAUCAUUCAUCAUCACUCCAUCAAGCAGGUUGGAAAGGGCCGUCUGUCCCAUGGCGUCUCAUCUUUAGGUGUAAGGGGGGUCCCCCACUCCUUUUCGUCCUCCUCCCAGCUGCAAAGUGCAGUGGCAGCCGCAGCCUUGGUCAGCCGGCCAGGUAAGCAUGCCCACGUUUCCCAUCGCUCUGUGCAGAGUUCAAAGGUGAGCAGCAGUGGGAUCGGCGGCGGCAAGAAUGUCAGCGGAGGCAGUGCCUCAUCCACUGCAUGGAAGAAGCAGAGCAACAGCAGCGCAGGUGUGACUAUGGCCUAUGUGAACCCCAGCCUGACAGGUCACAAGACCUCAGCGACCGUGGACGCUCGUCAGAGGGAGUACCUGCUGGACAUGAUCCCCUCCCGUUCUUCAAUCUCCCAGGCUGCAAACACGUGGAAAUAAUGGGGUUCGAGGCUCCUCUGUUCAGAAUUCAUGUCCAAGUUCCUCAUCUCCAGUAAUAAGAUCCACAGCGCCCCCUGCAGGACUUUUAAGCAGUUAUGAUCCUUAAGUGGAGAAACGUUCCCUAAGUACCUUUUUUGUAUAAUUUUAUGUUUUAGUUUUUAUCAUUUAUCUUGUUUUUUUUUUAAGUUCACUGUUUUGGUAA